AUGGUUCUUCUUCUUCCCAACAAAUCCUUAAGCUUCGCCAUCUUGUGUCUCCUCCUUGUUCACCAUGUCAACACCGGAAUCCUGAGUUUCUCUAAAAUCACAACCAACUGCACCGGCGGCAACUACAUAGACAGCAGCAUCUUCUCCACCAACCUCAACUCCCUCCUCUCCACUUUCAAUUCCAAGUCCUCAUACUCCAACUAUACAUAUCAAACCUCAGGGACUGUCUAUGGCCUCUUCUUCUACACUGGUGACCUCUCACAAGACAACUGCCAGGCCUGCAUCCAAUCAGCCAUUAAAAACAUCUCUGAGAAAUGCCCAAGCUCAAAACAAGCCAUCAUAUGGUAUGACUACUGCGAACUACGUUACUUUGACACCAACUUCUUUGGAUUCCCAGAUACCAAUGGCUUCCCCAUGAUCAAUCCUUAUGAGAACACCAGUUCAUCAAGGCCAAUUGAGGUGAUGUCCCAGUUGGUCAAAGAGGCCCCAUCCCAACAACCCGUUAUGUUCUCUUACAGAGGAUUCCCCCCUGAAAGCUUGUAUGCUCUGGCACAGUGUUCAUCAUACUUAACCACAGAAGGAUGCAGUUGUUGCUUGACUACUAUCUUGGCAAACAUUAAAGCUUGUUGUACAAUGAGAAAGGGAUGGAGAUAUCUGGCUACUAGCUGUUGGAUACGGUAUGAAGCCACUUCUUUUCUUCAGAACCUUCAGGGAACAUAUAUAGAGCUCACUUAG